AUGUCCCUGACAGCUCAAUUCAACCAUGGUAGUGUUAAAUGUCCUGGACAGCUCGAUUCAACCAUGGAAAAGAUAUCUUGCCAACCAUGGUCAACAAAAGCUUCAAAACUUGCUCAACCCAAUCUCAAUUACAUUGCACCAGAAGUUCAAACAGAGAAGAAGUGUAGUAUGAUUAGUGAUAUAUUCUCCCUGGGAAUCACAGUUUGCUGUAUAUACAACAAUGGUCAACCUCUCAUCAGUGCUGAACAUAAUCCUCAGACAUAUCUCAAACAGCUUGACCAGCUGACUCAACAGUUUGGGGAUGUAGCUCACAAGAUGCCGCUCUCACUUGUGGAGCCGGUGGAGAAAAUGAUCAACAAGGAUACAAGAUACAGACCGACAGCUCAGCUAUUUUCACUAUUGAAAUAUUUUCAUGACCCAGUGGUGUCCUGUUUACAGAGAUUAGACAAUUUAGAGCAACUGGAGACCUCCCAACAACGGGCAGAAGUUUAUACGAAUCUCAUUCAAGUCAUUCCAGAUAUACACAAGAAAGUUCUGUAUGGUCAUGUAUUACCAAAUCUAGUGGAAUCCUGUAUGUCUAUAGACACCAUGUUCAUGGCUUUACCAGCCAUGCUGGCGCUUAUAGAUCAUGUGUCAAAGGCAGACUAUGCAAAUGUGAUAUUACCACACUUCAGAACUAUUCUCAACUACCCAAGACCAAUGCAGGCAACAGUUUAUUUGCUGGACAAGCUAGAUAUUAUAUUAGCAAAGUCACCUAUGGAAGUGAUAAAGACAGAGAUCAUGCCACUUGUCUUUAAUACACUAGAUUCAAACUCUAUACAAGCUCAGGAAGCUGCCCUUGGCUGUAUAAGACUGAUCAAGGAAUAUUUGGAUGAUAACAUUAUGAAGUCCAUGGUGCUACCAAGAGCAAAAUCUCUCUACAACAAAUCAGAUAAUAUGAAGAUGAGGAUUAAUGCAUUGACAUGUAUAGAUACUGUACUCGACAGUUUAGACAAGAUGAUUAUUCUUGAUGAGGUGCUACCAUUUUUAAUGGAUAUUACAUUAGGACAAGAUGCCAAAAUUGUCAUGGCUGUUGUAG